AUGGACGGCGCUGUUGCCCCCACCUUGGCCAAGGCUUACGGAUACGCGCCGCCCUGGAUAACAACCAGGCGUCUCUACACAGACCUGAGCAUGCAGCAGCGAGCUCUCCGCGUGGCCGGCGUGUGGGUGCCCCCAGGAGGGAAGUGGUCACUGGCGUACGGCGCCUACUCUGCUUUCGUGAUGCUCUCUGUUGUGACGUUUCUGGCCAGCCAGCUGUCCGCGAUGCUGCACUUCUGGGGAGACAUCCUUAGCGUCACCACCAACGCCUGCGUCACUUUCACCUUCGGCAUGGCCAUUUUCAAGUUUACUGUCUUCCUCAAGAUGCGCCCAUUAACAAACAAACUCAUUGAGGAGCUUGACAGCUGCUUGGAGCGCUACGGGCGGACUUACGCCCGGCAGAAGGCAACCAUAUUUGGCGCUUGUGCACUCCGAGGGCGCCGCGUUUGCCAGUGGCAGUUGUGCCUGGCGCUGUCCGUCUACGCGGUCUGGGAAGUGCUGCCCCUGCUGCAGAUGCGGACCUGCUCCUCCACAGAGUGUCGCGUCCAGAGCGGCUUCCCUGCCCUCGUCUGGUACCCGUUCUCUUUCACAGAGGCGCCACUCUACCAGGUGGUGUACAUCGUCGUGUCGACAGGCCUGUUCUACGGCUGCUUCGUCUCCAACACGCUGGUCGGCGUGUUCUGCUCACUCAUGAUCAACGUGUCUGGACAUGUGCGGUUCCUCAACGUCAUGGCCAGGAACAUGGGCUAUGUAGAGAAGUGUGGAAAAGGAGGCAACUGUCACAGUUGCCGCUAUGCGUCUACUUCCACAGACACUGAGAAGGAAAUGAGGAGACGCCUCAAGGAGUGUGUGCGCUACCACAACGACAUUGCCAGGUUAAUCGAGCGGCUGAGCGCCCUGGUGGGUCCCAUACUGCUAGGAGAGUUCUUAGCUGACGUCAUCACCGUCAGCGUCAGCGCCUUCGUCACUACAACAGUGAAAGCGGAUUCGGGGUGGCUGUUCAAGUAUGCUUCCUACCUAUCUGCAAUAGCGGAGCAGAUGUUCCUGUACUGCUGGUUCGGGGAUGAGAUCCUGUCUGAGAGCGAGCGCCUGCAGGUGUCUGCGUACAGCUGCGACUGGACUGGGGGAUCCCCGCGUUUUCUUAGAGAGCUGCGUAUCUUCCUAUGCCGCACUGGACGUCCCCUGAUGCUAACCGCCAGCAAGUUCUACACCAUCACCAGGGAGACAUUCCUACUGCUGAUAAAUGCUUCCUACUCCUACUUCGCGUUGCUGAAUCAGCUGAAUUCGGAAUAG